AUGGCGAUGGUCUCCGGAGCCAAGAGGAGGAGAGAACUGGAGGAAGAACAAGAGGAAGAUGAAGACCGCAUCAGCCGCCUCCCUGACGGCAUCCUCGGCGACAUCGUCACCCUUCUCCCGACCAACGACGGCGCCCGCACGCAGGUGCUCUCCUCCCGCUGGCGCCACAUCUGGCGCUUCGCUCCUCUCAACAUCGAUCUGGACAUCAAUCCCGAUUACCCCCUCGGCGCCAACAACGUCACCGAAAGCGUAAUCUCGCGCAUUCUCUCCGCGCAUCAAGGUCCCAGCCGCCGCUUCUCCAUUCCGGAGCACUACCUCUACUACAGGGGCCUCCCCGUCACAAGCCUGGACGGCUGGCUCGAGUCCCCCGCCCUCGACAGACUCCAAGAGCUUGAGUUCCACUACGGCCGUCCUCAUUCGUCGAAUUUAGCGCCGCUGCCGCCGCCGCCUGCAUCUGUACACCGCUUCUCGUCAACGCUUCGCGCUGUCAGCUUCGGGGGCUGCGGUUUUACGGAUGGAAACAAUGCCAGCGGGCUCCACUUUCCGGUUCUCAAGCAGUUGAGCCUUGCGGAUGUCAGAUUCUCGGAGAGUUCUUUACGUGCCUUGCUAUCUGCUAGCCCUGUCCUGCAGAGCUUGCUGCUAAAGGGCAGCAUUGGCUUAUCUCGCGUCCAAAUUGCGUCCCCGACCCUCCGAAGCAUCGGCGUGCGCUCUAAUCAUGGACGCGUGAUUCUGCGACAAGUCAUCAUCGAGGAUGCCCCCUGUCUAGAGAGGUUACUUUGCUUUGAUUAUUUGGGAAUCACCAUAUCGGGAUCAGGCCUUGUUAGCUUGAAGAUGGUGAUGCACAGUGUGAAGGUCUUAUCAUUAUCAGAGGAGCGUCUUAGUUUGGAUGUGGUUAUUGGAUACAUGAAAUGUUUUCCCUACAUGGAGAGGUUGUACAUCCAGACAAAAAUGGCAGGGGAGAAAAAUGUGUGGUGUUGUAAGUACAGGAAUCUUAUUGGCACUCUUGAUAUUCGUCUAAAGAAAAUUGUGUUGGCAGGCUAUCGAGGCAACACGUCACAUGUUAACUUUGCCAAGUUCUUUGUUUUGAAUGCGAGAAUGCUAGAGUCCAUGAGGCUUGAGUUAUGUAUUGCAAAGCCCAGUCCCAGCAAUGCAUGGAUUGACAAACAAUAUAGACUACUUCAGACAAAAAAUAAGGCUUCAAGGGAUAUGCAGCUUGAUUUUGCGUCUGAUUAUGGCCUCCGUCUGACGAAUUCCUUUUUUCGCCCUGAGCAAGUACACGAUUUGUCAACAGCUGACCCCUUUCCAUGA